AGACACUGUCGUAUGCGAGGUCAUCAUUUUAUAUUGAAUAUAAGUAAAAUAUAUUGAAUAAAAGUACGUGUGCCAAAAUUCUUCGAACAUUAAUGUAAAUUCUAAUUUAUAUAAGUUUUUAACCUAUCAUUUUUGUGUUACUUUUAAAAAUCUUUAAAAAUAACUGAAAUGUCAACAGAAAUGGGUUUUGCCACAAAAGCUAUUCAUGCCGGACAAGAUCCAUUACAAUGGAAUCAUUGGGAAGUAGUACCUCCUAUUGUAAUGUCCACUACUUUUCGUCAGGAUGGACCUGGGCAAACUAAGGGUUAUGAAUAUGGAAGAAGUAACAAUCCCACAAGAAAUGUUUUACAAACUUGUUUAGCUGCUCUAGAAAAUGGAAAAUAUGCAUUAACUUUUGCAUCAGGUUUAGGUGCUACAACAGUAGUAACUUCAUUAUUAAAUGCAGGAGAUCAUAUUAUAUCUGCAGAUGAUAUUUAUGGUGGAACUAAUCGUUUUUUCCAAAAAUGUUUAUGCAGGCAAAAUAAUACAGUUACAUUUGUAGAUAUGUCAGAUAUUAAUAAUGUUAUAACCAAUAUAAAACCUAAUACAAAGAUGGUUUGGUUAGAAACACCAACUAAUCCUCUAUUAAAGUUAGUUGAUAUUCAGGCUGUUGUUCAAGCAGUCAAACAAAAAGAUGCUGAAAUUAUUGUAGUAGUAGAUAAUACUUUCCUAACAUGUUAUUUCCAGAAACCAUUAAAUUUUGGAGCAGAUAUUGUAAUAUAUUCUCUAACAAAGUAUAUGAAUGGACAUUCAGAUGUUAUUAUGGGUGCAAUAAUUACAAAUAGAGAUGAUCUAGCACAAAGACUUGCAUUUCUUCAAAAUGCUAUGGGUGUUGUUCCAUCUCCUGUAGAUUGUUCUUUGGUUAAUCGGAGUUUGAAAACUCUGGAAAUUAGAAUGCAGCAACAUAUGAAAAAUGGAUUGGCAGUUGCACAAUUUUUAGAAGCGCAUCCUUGUGUAGAAAAAGUAAUCCAUCCAUACCUUCCCUCACAUCCACAACAUGAAAUUGCUCUUAAACAAACUUCUGGUCAUAGUGGUAUGGUUUCAUUUUAUCUAAAAGGUGAUGCCAGCAAAUUUUUAAAGGCCUUAAAAGUAUUUACAUUAGCAGAAUCACUUGGUGGUUAUGAAUCUCUUGCUGAAUUACCGUGCACGAUGACUCAUGCUUCGGUACCUGAAGAAGCUAGAGCAACAUUAGGCAUUACUGAUAAGUUAAUUCGUUUAUCUAUUGGUCUUGAAACAGAACUAGACCUCUUAAAUGACCUUGAUCAAGCUCUUAAAGCUAGUUUGUAAACAUAUUAAUAUGUUGAUUGCCGGAUGAUUUUCUACAUAAUACUUUACUAAAAAGAAAAGUUGUUCAAGCACUUUAUGGUGCAUUUAAUAUUUUAAACUAUAACUAUUAGAAAUAGUAAAAAUUUUAUGAAUAAUUUUUUAUUUAAUUUACAUGUAAUUAAUUCUGAUAUCAACAUAAUGCUAGUCAUCAUAGCAAUCAAUGUGUUAACCCUUAGAGUGCUAUGGACGCAUAUAUGCGUUUGUCAAUUUUUCCGAGCACAUACGCAGAAGUAAUACUAUUACGUUUGUGUGAGAUAAAUAUAAAUGCAUUUCAAUGUUAAUGCCGCGUUC